GUAAAAAUUUCCUCUUGCCCUCAUUCUGUGUAUCUGAGCAAGUCUGGGUAGAUUGUAGAGAUGAGACUGUGUUGGUAUGAUGGAGGAAAAGCUAUCCUGGCAAUGGUGGUGGUUCAAUCCAUCUAUGCAGCAAUGACUAUCUUAACCAAGCAAGCAUUUAGAGAGGGCUUCAAUGUCAUGGUCUUUGUGGCUUACAAACAAGGCUUGGCCUUUCUUGUCUUGUUUCCUACUUCCAUCCUUCUCAAUAGAGGAAAGAUAAAAAACUUAGCUUUGGGAUUGAAGGGUUUCUUAUGGGUGUUUGUUACUGCUGUUUUUUGUACAACAGUUACCCAGUUCUGCUAUUACCAAGGUUUAAACUUAACAUCUUCUUCAAUGGCAACAGCCAUGCUCAAUCUUAUCCCUGGUGUGACUUUUCUCCUCUCACUACUCCUUGGAUUUGAGAAAUUGAAAUGGAGGAGCUUAAGGAGCAUGGCGAAGAUUUUCGGAACUCUGAUAUGCAUAGGAGGAGCAAUGUGCAUGGCUUUGUACAAAGGCUCUUCAAUUCUCCUAUCAUCAGAACAAAAUUUGAUGCUAGGAUCCAUCCUUCUCUUCGGAACCGUUAUUGGUUUGUCUUUUUGUCUCAUUUUACAGGUUAUACUCUGCAAGCAUUAUCUUGAUCCAUUAUCACUAUCAGUUUGGCUAAGUUUCCUUGCAGCCAUAUCCUCAGCCAUCCUCACAGGGUUCAUAUAUCAAAAUUUGAAUAUUUGGAAAAUCAGAACACAAACUCAACUCAUCGCUUGUUUAUUUGGAGGAAUUAUUGAAACUGCUGUUCCAUAUUAUCUGCUGGCAUGGACACUUGCAACAAGAGGUCCUCUUUUUGCUGUACUCUUUAAUCCUCUUGGCACUGUCAUUACUACCACCUUCACCUUCUUGGUACUUGGUGAAAUUCUUUACGUCGGACGUUUGGUUGGUGCUAUUGCUGCAAUUGUUGGAUUGUACAUAGUUCUGUGGGGAAAAGUUGAGGAUUAUGGAACAAAAACAGAGCUUGAUCAAAAGGAUGAUUCAAUAGAACAAGUUGAUGGUGGAAGUGAUUUGCAUGAGCCUUUAGUAUCUGGUAUUAGAGGAGUGGAUGUUUAAAAUAAACUAUUUAAGGUUACUUCUAUUUAUGUUUUUUUUUUAACUGUUGAUUAUGAUGUUUUAAAUACUCCUUUUGUCUGUUUUUACUUGCUA